CUUCAAAACUUAUUAUGACGUCAGCGCCUGAGCUGCAAAGGCGGAAGUUGGUCUCACAAAUUCAAUGCGUUGCGUGUAUUUCCGAUCCCUGUUCAUCUGUGCUGCAAGAUAAGCUGCCAAGAAACUCGGACAAAUGAGUACGCUUUCGUCACAGUGCCAGUACCACCCUGUAAGAAGUAACAGCCGGGAUUCGAACCGGAGACCUGACAAUCCAAGCCGAGCAGAAAACACAAGGAGAAUGCCCAGAAAUCUUCGCCAACUAACCCCUGUGCAGAGAAUGGGGGUGUAUAAGCAGGUUCUUGAAUCCAACCUCCCUUUCCUGUGCUCACAUCUAGACCCAAGUCGCCAUUAUGCGUACCUCAGAAGCCAAAGUUUCUUUGACAGAACAACAGUUGAAGUUAUCGAUAAUAAUGUGACAACAGAGGCUAAAGUAAGACGGUUUGUUGACGAACUUUUGAGGAGAGGACCCAACGCUGUUUCGGCUUUCAUAGAAUCAUUGGAAAGAGAAAGAGUUGAGCAAUUUGUCUUCAGUACACUCGCAGAUGAAUUACAAUCAUUCAAAAUUGAAGACCUGAAUAUUCCGUCAACCAAUCACAACCAUCAAGACAAUGUCGGCAGUCAUGAGAACUUCGAUAUCGACGACGAUGCCGUGUGUGAUGACGAGCGACGGUUUCAUUCGUUGUCGGCUUCCGACAAUACGACUGUCAUCGACGGUUACCAAGCUGCCCUCCCGCCUAUCGAUUUCAAUAGGCUUCGGCAAGCCGAGGGAUUACACGUACCGGAAGAAGAACGUGGUGAACCGGAAGAAUGCUCUGACAUCAGUAGUCAGGAUGGAUUAAUAAGCCACGCCCCUUAGCAACAAACUUUGUCAACUUUGCCUUGCCGCCCUAAAAAUACCAUUGCCCGUAUUCUAAAGUCUGUUUCAUCUAAGGCUAUGGUCCUAUAACUCAGUGUUUAAAUUAUGGGAAGCCAAACAUGUCAAACAUGUCAUUUGUAGACGAAAAGAAGCACAUUGAAUUUACAAGUGUUAAUGAUUGAUGUAUGAACAACCAGCAUAUCUAGAAAAUAUUUUGAACAAACGUGCAUUUUAGAUGUUGAUGUUGCUGGCUUUCCAUAGUUAUGUUUGAUCUGAUCAAUCACAACUCAUUUUUGAAACUGGGCGCUGUUUUGUGUUGAAAAAAAUUAUACAUUCCUUCUCAAAGUUAGAUGUAUAUUUGAAAAUUAUCAUUUGGGUGACAGUGCAUUUAACCUUAUAAGUAUCAACUUGAAAUCAAAUUUUAUAUCGUAGUGAUGUAUAUACGAAAGAAAAAUAAAUUGUGUAGAUAAAUGCUACAGUUCGUUUUUCCGAUGAUAAUGAUGAUGAUGAUGAUGAUGAUGAUGAUGAUGAUGAUGAUGAUGGUGAAGGCUCGUGUAUACAAUAGGUUAGAAAUUCCAAAGCUUAUUUGACCAUAGAUCAAGAGCUUCGGUCUCUGUUACAUGUAUGUUGGUUAAUUGUUCCGCUGAACUCCGUUGGCUCCACUCACCAAAUACAGAAGUAAGUCACUUGUUUUCCCCCGAUUUAAGUGUAUUUUUCCCCGUUGUGGUGCAUUUCAGGCCAAAAUAACAAUCUUUAUUUUGGUACAGUUCGUUUGAUAUAUUUUUAUGAAAUAAAGACUAAAAAUCGAUGAGCCUCGUCGGUGAGAUUUUGAUUUGUUAACGAUUUAAUGGCGGCUGCACGAUAGUGAGCCGAUUGUGUACUGUACGAGGAGAAAUUUAAAAAAAAUAAUAAAAAAAUGUUUAAAAACAGACGGCUGCCAGCUGUCUUAUUUGACCAAAGCUCCGUUGAUCUGAGAAGAAAAUAUGAUUUGUUAUUACGAAAGUUCAUUAAUCCGAUGACUGGAGUGUAUUUUUACUGACCUCAGUGGAAAUAUAUUAUCGUGUCUCAUGGUUAGAAUAGUCCUUACACUUGACUUCCAAUGAUUAAAAAAAAGUCCAAAUCAGCUUUGAAUAGUGGCCAGCUGAAUAUUGGAUUCGAUUUAAACCUUGUAGAUUCAA